AUGUCCCAUCUCGACCCAUACGCGCACGUUGGCAAUGGCCUGACCCAGAUCGCCGUCCUUGACGACUAUCAACACGUCGCUUUGAAGUUCACAGACUGGUCGGCCAUUCUUCCUCGAGCCAGUGUUGACCUCUUUGACACCACCAUUCAAAUUUCCGAUAUUGACAAACUCGUGAAUCGUCUUGAGAAAUACGAGAUCAUCGUCACGAUGCGCGAGAGAACCAAAUUCCCUCGACAGCUUUUGGAGAGGUUACCGAAAUUGAAACUAUUGACCACAACUGCGCCGAAGAAUGCCAGCAUCGAUGUACAGGCUGCCUCUGAUCACGGUAAGACUGUUGUGGGGACGGGGUAUCAUGGAAAAGGAACUGCAGAACAUGCUUGGGCGCUGCUUUUGGCGACUGUCCGAGGUCUCGCUCACGAACACGUUAAUACAGUGAACGGGGCUCCAUCCUGGCAGAGCGUCGUUCCUACCUCUCUCCGUGAGAAGAAGCUCGGCAUUGUCGGCCUUGGCAAUCUAGGGAAACUCACGGCGAAUUUUGGAAAAGCCUUUGGAAUGGAAGUUCAAGCUUGGUCGCCGAACUUGACCCAGGAACGCUGCGAUGCCGAAGGUGUCAAAUUUAUCCCCACCAAGGAAGAACUUUUCAAGACCUCUGACGUGAUCUCAAUUCAUAUUGUGCUUUCAUUGAGUUCCGUCGGAUUGAUCGACUACUCCACCCUCUCCUUGAUGAAACCCACCGCCUUUCUCAUCAACACCUCUCGAGGUCCACUCAUUAAAGAAGCUGAUCUCAUUCGGGCCAUUAAGGAAGGGAUCUUUGCUGGUGUAGGGCUCGACGUAUUUGACACCGAACCCCUGCCGCUUGACCAUGAGUUGAGGGCGUUGGCGAAGGAUAGGAGGGUCACUUUGACCCCACACGUCGGAUAUGUGGAUGAGAACCUUUAUUCGAUCUUCUGGGGAGACACCGUCGAUAACAUCAAUGCAUACCUCGAUGGGAACAGAGGGGCGCUCAAGGUGAUACGUAAUUGA